AUGAAAUAUUCUAAUAUCAAAAAUUUGUGUUUCCCUUUAAAGGGGCGAAAUUAUUCUGCUACCAGCAAAGUGUUUAUUGAUAAAAACACAACAGUAAUAUGCCAAGGCCUUACAGGGAAACAAGGUAGUUUUCAUACUACAGAGGCACUAAAAUAUGGAACAAAAAUGGUUGGUGGUGUAAAUCCAUCAAAAAAGGCAAGUACAUGGACAAGCAUUGAUGGCAAAUAUACAUUGCCUGUUUUUGGGUCUGUUCUUGAAGCUAAAGAAAAAGCAAAUUGUUAUGCAUCAGUUAUUUAUGUACCACAUCAACAUGCAAAAAAUGCAAUUAUAGAAUCUAUUGAAUCUGAAAUACCAUUAAUUGUUUGUAUAACAGAAGGUAUAUGCCAACAUGAUAUGCUAGAAGUAAAAGCAUGCUUAAAUAUGUCAAACAAAAGUAGAUUAAUAGGCCCUAAUUGCCCAGGUAUUAUAAAACCUGGUGAAUCAAAAAUUGGAAUUUUACCAUCACAUAUUCAUAAAAAGGGUUGUGUAGGCAUUGUAAGUAGAAGUGGCACAUUAACAUAUGAAGGAGUAAAUCAAACAACAAAAGUUGGCUUAGGUCAAUCUACUUGCAUAGGUAUAGGAGGGGACCCAUUUCAUGGUACCAAUUUUAUUGACUGUCUUAAAUUAUUUUUAGAAGAUGAUGAAACAAAAUGCAUAUUACUAAUUGGUGAAAUUGGAGGUAAUGCAGAAGAACAAGUAGCUGAAUGGCUAAUAGAAAAUAAUGUUGAUGAUCCAGAAAAAAAAAAAAAAAAAAAAAAUAUAUUUGCAUUUAUAGCUGGUAGAUGUGCACCCCCAGGAAAGCGCAUGGGUCAUGCUGGUGCAUUGAUUAGUGGAGGUAAAGGAACAGCUGAUGGAAAAAUCGAAGCUUUAAGAAAUGCAGGUGUUCAUGUUGUUAUUAAUCCUACUAAAAUAGGCGAAGAAAUAUAUAGUGUCAUGAAAGAUAUAAUAUAA